AUGCGUUUCUCCACCGCACUUGCUCUUUGCGUCGCGCCUUUGGCGUUGGCUGGCUCGAUCCAAGAUACUGUCUUGAGAAGAACGGACCAUAUGGGAGAGAAGGUCGAGGCACCAAAGGUCGAAGCACCAAAAGUCGAGGCACCAAAGGCUGAGGCGCCAAAGCCUGAAGCAUCCCCUAAGGAGGGAGCGAAGGAGGUUAUCCACGAGGCACCAAAACCAGCGGAGGCAAAACCUGGAGAAGUUAUCCACGCCGGAUCAUCAUCAACGACUGUUACUCAGGUUAUCAUUAUUUGGGUCAACAAUGGAGGUGGUGCUACAACUUCCACAAUGCAACAUGCUAGUUCAGUAGCACCUCCACCAGCGGCCGCUGCUACACACAGCGUCGUUGUUGGUGGUUCCGCCGGUCUCGUCUACGUACCAGAAUCUAUCCAAGCUGCAGUCGGGGAUAUGGUUAUCUUCACCUUCAUGAACGCCAACCACACUGUCACCCAGUCCGCUUUCACCGAGCCCUGCGUCAAGCUCCCAGAAGGAAUGGAUUCUGGAUUCAUGCCAAACCCAAACAACACCAUGCUCCCAGCACCACAGAUGGCCAUGCAGGUUACUGUUGCAACCCCAAUCUGGUUCUACUGCAGACAAAAGGCCCACUGUGGAAAGGGAAUGACCUUCUCCAUCAACCCAACCGCUGAGAAGAGCCAUGCCAUGUUCCAACAGAUGGCAGUUGCCCAGAACGGUACCGGAACUCUUGCACCAAUUCAAGGUGGAGCUGCCGCUCCUCCAGCUGCCAGUGCAUCCGCCGCACCACCACCACCAGCUGCCGCCGCACCCCCAGCCGCCGCACCCCCAGCCGCUCCUCCUGCCGCUGGUGCCAUGGUCCCAUCAGUUGGCACCAUGCAAGGUGGAUCCUGCUCCUGCGCAUGCCUUUGCGGUGUCUCCUCCUUCCCAACUGCUGCACAAGGCAUCAACAGCUUUGGUGGUAUGUCAGGUGCUAUGCCAAUGGCCAUGCUCGAAAAAUAG